UGACUCGGAGACGAGACGCGGAGGCGCCGCGGAGCAGAGUCCGGAGAGAAAGCGAAUUCGAAUUCGAAUUGAGUAGCGGUAGGAAGGAAGGAACGAAGGGCGCCCGACGACGCGAUCGGUUCGAAUUUGCGGACGAGGCGAGCCGCUCUCGUCGAUCUUCGUCCGAUUUAUGAAUGGCAACGUCUUUCCUUCUUUCUUGGGCAGGCGCUCGAUAAGAGUCGGACGUGAAACGAAAUUGACGCGUAGAAUGACAUUUGGCUGAAUGAAUGAUUGAUUGCAGGGGAGGACGACAUUUGGCUGAAUGAAUGAUUGAUUUCAGGGGAGGACGACGACGAGAGGAGAGAGAGAGAGAGAGAGAGAGAGAGAGAGGAUUGCGAGAGAAUUGCAGGUGCGUGAAAUGGCGAUUGACAUAAUAAAUGCACCACGAAGGAAAGAAGUCUGUAGAGGAAGGUGAGGAAAGAAGACCACGUCGUUCCUUGCACGAGUCCACUGGACUUCUACGUGUAUCAACAUCCUUUCGGGAAAAGUGAUGGUAGGAGGAAAAGUCUGCGUAGGAUGCGCGGAAUAGCAUGGGAAUCGGAUGUUAAGAGGAAGACUGAAAGCGAGGGUGCAGAAUCUGCUAAUCUUUCUGGAAUGUCAGAGACGUAGAGUGAGAGCCGGUCGAAGUCGAAAGCGGACAAUUUCGAAUUCUUCUCCGCUCAAUGGAGAAGUUGGGAGUCUUGCUCGGUGCUUGCGAUCAGGUGCCAUUAUCGACAUAUAUAUAAACAGUGUGCAUUCCUGCAUUGUAAAUCCACCACUCACUUCUGAGACAAAACUUCUGGUAUGAGCCGUGAAUAUCAACAGGCUCAAAGUCUGAGACUCGGAGACUCUGACUCGUAGGUGAAGUCUUGUUUCCCUACACCGGUACACUAGUUCAGGUGGCCAAAUAACGAACCUAUCCAUGCUUCUCCAACGCGGUCACCAAAUACCGCAAGGCAAAGCUGGACUUCGGUACAGAAGGACACUGGCACAAAUUUCUUUGGUGGCAGGAUUAAUCUUUCUUUACUCACUGCAACUAUACUUUUUCACAUAUCUGCAAACAUUCAAUCUGAAGUACACUGAAGUAUUUCUCGGAGAAGCAGAAUAAAUUCUGAAGUUGCUUGCCUUGAUCGCAUUAUGGCACGACAACGCUCCAAGCUACGUCUCGUGUUUGUUUUCCUGCUCUCCCUGCUCAACACGAGUCAGAUAGGACGCAUCGGUGCAAUUCAAUUUGAUUACAAAGACGCUCUAUCCAAGUCCAUUCUCUUCCUCCAGGCGCAGCGAUCAGGAAAGCUUCCAGACGAUCAACAAGUUACAUGGCGUGGAGACUCUGGCCUCCAAGAUGGCAAUCUUGCUAAUGUGGAUCUGACAGGGGGCUACUACGACGCCGGUGAUAAUAUCAAAUUUGGAUUUCCAAUGGCGUUCACUGUCACCAUGCUCUCGUGGAGCGCGAUAGAGUACACCAGACAAAUAACCCAGGCAGGAGAGAUGGAAAACUUACAGUCAGCCAUUCGCUGGGGAACGGACUACUUCCUGAAAGCUCACACAGGCCCUACACAGCUUUAUGUUCAGGUGGGAACACCUAGUUCAGAUCACAAUUGCUGGGAACGACCUGAAGAUAUGGAUACUCCACGCAAUCUUCUCCAAGUGAAUGCGAGCUCUCCAGGCUCCGACGUGGCUGCUGAAACAGCGGCUGCGCUGGCAGCUGCGUCUAUCGUGCUGAGAACUACUGACGAGGCCUAUGCUGAGCAACUGUUCAGUUCUGCAACCCAACUUUUCCAAUUUGCAGACACAUAUCGCGGAAAUUUUACAGGAGCAUGCCCCUUUUACUGCUCUUAUUCUGGAUACCAUGAUGAGCUACUCUGGGCAGCAGCAUGGUUAUACAAAGCGACCGGGACAACAUCGUACUUACAAUACGUGGUUGAAAACAAGUGCUGGGUAUCCACAGUCAGUGAAUUUAGCUGGGAAAACAAAGUGGCUGGACUGGAUGUGCUCAUGUCUAAGCUCUACUUGUCAGGGCAGUCUUCUCUGAAGUCCUACAAGUCGGAUGCUGACAGUUUUAUAUGCGCCAAUCUUCCCGGUAGUCCUUCCCGAAAGACCUCAACCACACCAGGUGGACUGCUGUAUGUGAGAAUUGGCUCCAACACCCAGUACGCAAUCAACAUGGCCUUCCUGGCGGGUCUUUACACUGAAUACCUCGAAAGCGCUAACAUCAAUCAGGUCAUGUGCGGCACGGAAUCUUUCACGCUCAACGAUAUUGUGUCCUUUGCUGAUAGCCAGGCAAAUUACGUUCUGGGCUACAAUCCUGCUAACAUAUCGCUGAUGGUGGGAUUCGGUAGCAAUUAUCCUCAGCAGGCACAUCAUCGUGGGGCCUCCAUUACAUCGAUCCACAUCAUGCCGCAAGUGGUCGGCUGUAGUGCCGGAUUCAAUAAAUGGUAUUCGAGGAAUGCUCCUAAUCCCAACGUAUUGACGGGGGCAAUCGUGGGCGGACCCAAUACCGUCGACCAUUUCGAUGAUAAAAGAUCCGACUCUUCCUGCACUGAGCCGACCACAUACGUCAAUGCUCCCUUCGUGGGUAUGAUGGCGCGCAUGGCUUACAGCAAGUCCGUGUCUUUGACGGAGCCGGUCACUACCGACUGACAACCUCGCUUCAAGGCCUUUUCGUGUAAAUCGGAUGGAUUCGAGGUUCGAAUCCAUGUACAAAGAAUGACGAGAUUGCAUUCCCAUUGUAGCAGAACGAGCUCUCAGAUAGGAGUUUCAUGUUCAGUACUGUAGUGCUCGACAAAUAGAUGUAAAUAAUUUCGCGUAGACUAGUGAACAGAUUAUUUAGGAGGUGAAUCAGGUCUACUGUAAUUAAUUCGUUCCUCUUCUGUAAAUGACCUGAUUCAGCUUCACAGGCAGCUCCUAGACAUAGAUUCUCUGGUCAACUGGACUCUAUCUCAGCCCCUUCACUUAUGGGAUAU